GAACCGAAAUGCCAAAUUCAGUUCCGUCGUGUCAGUGCUGCCGUGAAGAACUUUGCAAGUGCACGUGCCGAGUUAUUCAAGCUCCUAACAAUUAAAUGGCUUUUUUGCGCGCAUUCCUAAGGUGUAACGUGUCUAAUAAAAGAGGGAUCAUUUUCGGCGACCAUCGUAACGGUAAGCUAGUCCGGUGUUGUACGGUUUUCAAGUCGACCGCGACCGGAGCGAUUGUUGAUGAGCAAACGGCGACAACCACCGCGGCCGCAGCACCCCCUCGUGACCCCCUAGACUCGAGCUUCGAAGAUGCGACCGCCGCGUUCAAGAGCAAGACGAUGUGGGAACUGGUGCGGGCGUACACCGUCUACCAAUUAUGCUCGAUUAAUUACAUCGUGGAGAAUAACAUGAAGCUGAUGAAAUUUGCCAAGACGAUAUUGGGCGAGCGACUGUUUUCCGCCGUGAUGAAGGCGACAUUUUACGGGCACUUCGUCGCCGGAGAGGACCAGAUCAAGAUCAGGCCGACGCUCGAGAGGCUGAGAUCGUUCGGCGUCAAGCCCAUACUCGACUAUUCCGUCGAGGAGGACAUCAGCCAGGAGGAGGCGGAGAAGAGAGAAGUCGAAGCUUCAGUGCCCGAAGCGGGCGACACACAAGAGACGGGAUCCCUAAAGCAGUACCACGUUGCCAAACCUUUCGCCGAUCGGCGUUACAAAGUCAGCUCGGCUCGAACGUACUUCUACAUAAACGAGGCGCAAUGCGAGCGCAACAUGGAAAUAUUCAUUCGCUGCCUCGAGGCAGUAGCUGAUUAUGAAAGAAUUGGUAGACAAUUGUCCGUUAACAGCGCGACGUACGGCACCGGCCUAACCGCAAUUAAACUGACAGCCCUAGGCAGACCGCAACUAUUGCUGCAAUUAUCCGAGGUGAUUAUGCGAACGCGAGAGUAUAUGGCCGAACUGGCCGGAGAUAGGGGGAACGUGCUCAAGCACCACAUAAAGCCGCAGGAUUUGGAAAAGAAAUUGGAGCAGGCGCACGUUUCCAAUCAGGACGCCACCGCGUUUCUGAAACGGGUUACCUCGGACAACGAAGGAAUUCUGCACUUAUUCCCGUGGUCGGGAAUAAUCGACGACAACCAGGAAUUGUGCAGUACAUUCCGGAUUCCCGACAUGAAAACGGGCCGCAUGGUUCCCUUGAUCGGUCAAUUAUCGAAAAAGGAGGAGGAAAUGUUUCGCAAUUUCGUCAGGCGCUUGGAUACGAUCGUCAGGGCGGCGCAAGAGAUGGACGUUCGCAUAAUGGUCGACGCCGAGCAGACCUACUUCCAACCGGCGAUUACGCGCAUGACGCUCGAAUUCAUGCGAAAGUACAACAAGGAGAAGGCCAUCGUUUUCAACACGUACCAGUGCUACCUGCGGGAGGCGUACAACGAAAUCACGACCGAUCUCGAGCAGGCCAAACGGCAGAACUUCUACUUCGGCGCGAAGCUGGUGAGAGGCGCGUACAUGGACCAGGAACGCGCGAGGGCCGCCGCCUUGGGCUAUCCCGAUCCGAUCAAUCCGACGUACGAGGCGACGACCGAAAUGUACCACACCACCUUGACGGAGUGUCUCAGACGUAUCAAGGAUAUGAAGGAGAAGGGGGAGAGUAAGAACAAGAUCGCGAUCAUGGUGGCGUCUCACAACGAGAACACCGUACGGUUCGCGAUCGACAAAAUGAAGGAGAUCGGCGUGCAGCCGGAAGAUAAAGUGAUAUGCUUUGGACAGCUCCUUGGCAUGUGUGAUUAUAUUACAUUCCCGCUCGGUCAAUCCGGAUACUCGGCCUACAAGUAUAUUCCGUACGGUCCAGUAAAAGAAGUGCUGCCGUACCUGUCGCGACGAGCGCAGGAGAACAAGGGCAUCCUCAAGAAAAUUAAGAAGGAGAAGCGACUACUCAGUCGCGAGAUUUUGAGACGUCUCGCGAGAGGGCGUCUAUUCUAUACACCGAAGGGCAACUAUAUUCCUGUUUAAGCGACCACGACACCACGUAGUGUAGAACGAGAGAUCGAACAGAAAAUAGCGAAGGAGUCUGCGUGAAAAUUGUCGAAAUGGGUCUUUGUACAUUUUGUAAAUUUGUGUGAGAGGAGCUUUAGCUGUACAGUGUCCAAGUAAAGUUCAUGUCUCCCCCCCCCGCCCCCCUCCUCUGUAAUUCACGCGGACUUGACGUGUACAGUAAUUUAUUUUUGACACUUGCGUAGAGUAUUAAAAAACAGUUCGGUAAUCGCGGCUGGACUGCGAUUGCGUUCCAAAACGGUGAUAGAACUUAGAUCUGUGCUUGUUUUCCUGUUAAAUUUUUCUAGAUUGGUCGCCGAUUUCAUUUUUUGUCAAUAACUUUGUUAACCUGUGAUAGUCGUAGUUGGAAAGUAUUAUUAUUAUUUAUUUUUAAGACUUAGUAUUUUUCGUGUGAACGAUUACGGAUUAUGUGCGUAAUUAAUGGAUCAAAUGUUUGUUCUGUGUGCUUAUUUCAACAAAAUUUUAUAAAAAUUGACAAUAAAAGUGAGAGGGGA